AACUGGCCUCAGUGGCGAACAUGAAGAUCCCAUUGCACCAGUUUGACAAGAGAAAAAGGGACCAGUCUGUUGUUGCCUCACGGGGCAUCAGUGGGGAAUGAUUCAUGGUCACAAUGCAGUCUGCGGGAUCUUGCUGUGCGCAGAUUGGGCGCUGAGCCUGCCUCCGUGAGUGAGAGCGGCGGCACUCGAAGAGAGUGAGCGCCCCCGUCGCGGCGAGAGGCGCUAGAGAAAUGCAGGUGCCGCCUCUCACCCUGGGGCUGCGGGCUUUGAGAAGGGCGGGCGGAAGCCCAUACCUUAUAUGGUCAGUGACGUGGCCCCGGGGACGCCCCAGCUGGGUGGGCGACACAGAAACUGAAUCAUUCCUUUUCCUGAUGUCGGAGGAUGGAGGAGGAGAUCAGAGCCGCUGUGAUCUUUCUGGUCAGCCUGGUGAUCCGGCGGAGUGACCUGGCCCAGGACAAGGUCAAGGAGUUUGGGGAGAGACUGACCACUGUGCUGCGCCAGAAAUACCAGGGCCACUGGUACCCAACCAAUCCCAGCAAGGGCCAAGCGUACAGGUGCAUUCGGAUUAACAAGAAACAGAAAACCGACCCAUCGUUGCUGCUUGCUUGUGAAGACUGUGGCCUGGAGUAUAACCAGCUGAGACUCCCCAAGGAGAUCACGUUGUGGAUCGACCCCAGCGAGGUGUGCUGCAGGUCUGGAGAGAGCUGUCAGCCCUUCACCGUGGCCCAGUUUAAGCAGGAAUCCAGGAGAGUGUCGUCUUUAGACUCUGAGCACGAAGCUGGGAGUUCCGAGUGCAGUACGUCCGACUACCACACCGACACAUCCUCGGAUGAGGAGGACCACAUCAAAGAGCAACCAAUCAAUACGACAGCAGAGGCUGCCACCAAGGUGCCCGGAGGUUUAUACCAGUCUGCUGCAGUGUGGCCCCAGUAUCCUCACAAGCUGGUCCAGUACGCUACCUUCUACCAGCCCGUGCCCCUGGUCAGCUACUACUUGAUGCCAAGGCUGGACAAGGUCCUGAGACCUCCCCCCGGCUUCCUCCUGUCUCAGGGACAGACACAACACUCGAAGUUUGGCAAACGGUACAAAUGACAGGAAUCCAGUCCGGAGAAAGAGAUCGAAUACGUCCCUUAGCUUGUACUGAGGCUGCUGUGCUGGACAGAACUGUGUCCGUUCGCACAGGCAGUCUGCAAGGAAGAGAAUUGUACAUCUGUGUGUGUGUGUGUGUGUCUCAGAGUGUGUGAGAGACAGUGUGUGUGUAUAUGUGAGAGAGUGUGUGUG